UGGAGUAUAGAAAGGCAGGCCUGGUAAGGAGAAGCCAGCUGAGGCUUCAGACAUCUCUUCUGUCCAUCAGAGAAGCAAGAAGUGAGGUGGCCACAAUGGGGGCCAGGCUGCCCUUCUUCCUCUUCCUGACACUCCUGAGCAGCUCACAGGGAACAGGGCCAAGAAUGAUUUUGCAGCUGAAGCUGAAGGACUCCCUUCUAGCAAAUUUCUCCUAUGAUUCCAGCUUCCUGGAAUUGCUCGAAAAGCUCUGCUUCCUCCUCCACCUCCCACCUGGGACCAAUGUCACCCUCCAUCAAGCAGGAUCCCCACACCGUGCCAUCUGCAAAGUCUGAGAACAGUCA